AUGGCCCCUUCAACCCGACUACGAGCUAGGCCGGACCGCCGUGUCGACUAUGCUGAGCCCUCUGGCCCGAUAGGUACCCGCAAUAACCCUGUUCGUAUCGAAGAGACCCCAGAGCCCGAAGCCGGCUCCCGAACGUCGCCUGCCCCUACCGCAGCCGAUAGAAAGCGCGAUCGUAAGCAUCCUGUUCGCAAGAAAACUAGAGCUUUCUCACCUGAGCCACAAGAGGCAUCUCUCAAGAAGGAUUCCAAAGCUGUCGCUCGUGUCAAGGCUGGUGCCGUCGUCAAAUUAAAAGCAGAACCGAAGACCCGCAAGAAGCUUCCGACACCGAAGGAAAAGGAGCGGCCGAAGAAGCAAGAGUGCUCGAUCUGCGCAACAACAAAGGACACGGCUAGAUCUUUCAAGGUUCCCAAUGAUGCUUGCGAACAUCUUCAGACUAUCUGCAACUUAUGUGUCGCAAAGAUGCUCAAGACAAAGGUCACCGAUCGUCAACUCAAGGACGCAGAAUUGAGCUGCUCGGUCCACAGAUGCGACCAUUCGCUAGACUAUGCAGCUCUUCAGGCCAUAGUUAGUAAGGCGGCUUUCGAAGAUCACGAUAGAGCCGUCACGAAGCACGCUCUAUCUAGUGGCGAAUCAUACAUCGCCUGUCUUUCUGCCAAGUGCGGUCGAUACUUCUCCAUCGAAGACUGCAAGAACACCAAGCGUAGCAAACAGCGGGUCGCCUGCCCCUACUGCGACAAUGAAAUUUGCUUGAAGUGUAAUCGCCCAGGGACGUCGCACGGGAAAGGUGGGUGUGACCAGGCGAAGAAGGCGGAGGACGAGUUGUCUAAGAGGGCUGUCAAGACUAUGGGAGCCAAGCCAUGCCCAAAGUGCGGUAUGAACAUCCAGAAGCACGGUGGAUGCGAUCAUAUGACGUGUGAGCAGUGCGGCCACAACUUCUGCUGGGUGUGUCUCGUUGAGUACACCAAGGACAUCCGGCACCUCGACGACUGCCCGCAUGCGCGGGUUCACGUUGCUGUCGAUCCUGGCAAUUGGCUUCCCGAAGACUUGACUCUCGCGCAGAUCAACCGCCUCAUCGCUGAAGCAGACGCUCGUCUCGAUGCGCCAGUGGAAGCUCCCGCA